AUGGGUUUGGUCUAUCUUUUACUUUUACUGAGUUUGAACUGCGUUCAUGGCGGUGGUAUUCCUACAACACUUGAAGGACCCUUCAAGCCAGUCACUGCCCCUCUUGACAAGAGCUUCAGUGGAAACGUCACUGACUUGCCUGAUGUUCCAAGCAAUGUUGAAGGUUUUCAGCCUCAGCAAAUCUUUGUUUCACUCUCUAAUAACUACGAUUCUGUUUGGAUUUCUUGGAUCACAGGGGAAUUCCAAAUUGGUUAUGAUAUACAACCAUUAGAUCCUGAAUGGGUACAAAGCAUUGUUCAAUUCAGAGUCUUAAGAUCACAAGUGACUUAUCAGGCAAAGGGUUACUCCCUUGUUUACAGUCAAAUUUAUCCGUACGAUGACCUCCAGAAGUACACUUCUGGUAUUAUACACCACGUUCUUCUCACAGGUUUGGAGCCCAACACACUGUAUGAAUAUGAAUGUGGGGAUCCUUCUAUAUCAGUAAUGAGUGAUAGCCAUUAUUUUAGGACUAUGCCGGUUUCUAAUGCCAGCAGCUACCCCAGCAGAAUAGCAGUGGUGGGAGAUCUGGGUCUUACCUACAAUACGACAACAACAGUCAGUCACUUGUUGAGUAACCAUCCUGCUCUUCUUUUGUUGAUUGGGGAUCUAAGUUAUGCAGACCUGUAUUUUACGAAUGGAACCAACUCAUUUCUGCAAAAUCCCUUCCGAGAAACAUAUCAGCCUCGUUGGGAUUAUUGGGGAAGGUUUAUGCAGCCUCUAGUCUCUAAUGUUCCAACAAUGGUGAUUGAAGGGGAACAUGAGAUAGAACAACAGGCUGAUAAUUAUGCAUUUGUAGCAUACAGUUACCGGUUUGCAUUUCCCUAUAAAGAAGGUGGAUCAUCAUCCGCACUCUACUAUUCUUUCAAUUCAGGCGGUAUCCAUUUUGUGAUGCUAGGUGCUUUCGUUAAUUAUGACAAAUCAUCGGAUCAAUACAAUUGGCUGGAAAGAGACUUGGCAGAGGUCGAUAGAAAAGUGACUCCAUGGCUUGUUGCUGCCUGGCACCGUCCUUGGUAUAGCACCUAUGUAGCACAAUACAGAGAAGCAGAGUGUAUGAGAGUGGAGAUGGAGGAGUUGCUUUAUCAUAGUGGUGUUGACAUAGUCUUCAAUGGACAUGUUCAUGCUUAUGAGAGGUCAAACCGGGUCUACAAUUACUCCUUGGAUCCAUGUGGUCCAGUUUAUAUCACGGUUGGUGAUGGAGGGAAUGUAGAAGGCCUGGAUGUUGAGCAUGCUGAUGAACCUGGUAACUGUCCAGAUCCAGCAUCGACCGCAGAUAAAUAUUUGGGUGGUUUCUGUGCAUUCAAUUUCACUUCAGGCCCUGCAUCAGGGAAGUUCUGCUGGGACCAACAGCCAGAUUAUAGUGCAUACAGAGAAAGUAGCUUUGGCCAUGGGAUUCUGGAGGUGAAGAAUGAGACUCAUGCUUUGUGGACUUGGCACCGCAAUCAGGAGUACUACGAGAAUGCUGGUGAUAUAAUUUAUAUAGUAAGGGAACCAAAUAGAUGCCCAGUUUCACCAAAAUAAUCAAUACCACCAUAAUCAGCUGAAACACUCAACUUCUGACAAAAUAUUUUCAUUGUGACUUGAAGAUGCAAACAUGAUCACCUUAUCAGGAGUACCAAGGAGCCUUCACACAUGGGAUCAUAUUAUUGUAGUUACAACAUUUGAGACAAUAGGCUAUUGAUAAUACUUUGCAUUACAUGAUGAAUAAAAUUGAUUGAUUCCAAAUA